AACUUUCCAAAAAUAGCAUUUUUUAAGAAAAUUAUUUAAAAAUACAACUUGGUGAUGAAAAUUUCUAAAAGAAUACUCAAUUAUCCACAAAUAUUCUUGUUAUCUUAAUUUUUAAAUCACAAACUCAAAUCUACAAUAUUUAUUUAUAAAAUAAAAACUUUCCAAAAAUAGCAGUUUUUAAGAAAAUUAUUUAAAAAUAUAACAUAUUGAUGAAAAUUUCUUCAAGAGUAUUCAUCUGUCCAAAAAUAGUCUAAUUAUCCUAGUUUUUAAAUCACAAACCAAAAUCUACAAAAUUUAUCUAUAAAAUGAAAACUUUUCAAAAAUUGAUAUUUUCAUUAACGGAAACGGUGUUACGCUUAACGCAGUUUUCAAAGUUUUCAAACAAGACUAUGAUUAUGAAUUUAUGAUAAAAGACAGGGAGUCUCCAGGCAAAGCCGUCAGCACGUGCGUUGUCGUAAACCAGCACAUGUGAGCAUUGGGAUUCCGUAAAAGAGAAAAACUGAUUACUCUCAUUCACAUUUUGUCUGAAUUAACUAGCUAAUUAAAAUGAGUGUUGCCCAAAAAACUAAUUAUUUAACCGACAAAAAACUAAUUAAAUAUUGAGAUAUUUUUUAUUAUUUUUGUGUAAUACUUCCUCUAUUUCAAAAAGAUAGACUUUCUACCAUUUUUACAGUAUUAAAAAAAACACUUUAAAUCAUUAUAAUAAAUGUAUCGUUUUCUGCAAUUUUCAAUAUCUUUUAAUUAAUAGUAAUUCAAUAAAAUCGAUUAAUUUUUUUGAAGUUUACAAUUUUUUCAUAAAAAUAUAAAAUAUGUAUCUUUGUGAAACAAUUUUUUUCUAAAACGUCUAUCUUUUUGAAACAGAAGGAGUAAUAAAUAAGCAACUUGCCAAACAACCUAAACAAAAAAAACGAAGCAAAUAAAUAGGUGAUUUUGAAUUCAACUUUGUGAAUUUACUUUUAGCAUUUUGGAUUUGGGAUUCAGGCCGAAAAGGCUUCCUAUUAUUCUAAUUAACUAACUUAUUAUUUUUAUAUGGAAUAAUUAAGAAAAAGAUUCAAAUAUUAUUUUUGGGUUUAGUUUAGACAAUGUUAUCACAUUGAAAACUAUUUUGUUCUAUCCUUUUUCUUUUUUGAACUGAAGUGUGGUUUCUUCUAACAGUUCAAAACCUAACCCUCCUCAUAAUUAGUCUUUACAUUUCAAAAUCUCACUUGCUUCUCAACAUUUCAUCUGCUCUCAUGGCUCUCUCCAUCUUAUUCUUCUCUCUCUUCCUCUUUCUCUUCUCCAACUCGCCGGCAGAUGCAGAGUCGUUUAUCGGAGUAAACUACGGCUUACUCGCCGACAACCUCCCCUCACCGUCUGAUGCAGCCAAGCUCCUCCAGUCCACCUCCAUUCAAAAAGUGAGGCUAUACGGCGCAGAUCCCACCAUCAUCAAGUCCUUGGCCGGAACCGGCGUCGGAAUCGUCAUCGGAGUAGCCAAUGGAGAUCUCCCAUCCCUCGCCUCCGAUCUCAACGUCGCCUCUCAGUGGAUCGGCACCAAUGUCCUCCCUUUCUAUCCCGCCUCCGACAUCAUCCUCAUCAAUGUCGGCAACGAGGUCAGUCACAAAACUUUCUCAUAUGUUCUCGAGAAAACAAGAAAACUAAUCUCUUCCCACCUCAUGCAGAUUCUGUUGUCGAAUGAUCUGAACCUGGUAAGCCAGCUUCUUCCGGCGAUGCAAAAUGUCCAAAAGGCCCUUGAGGCGGUUUCACUCGGCGGGAAAAUCAAGGUGUCUACGGUUCAUGCCAUGACGGUGCUGGGUCAAUCUGACCCGCCAUCGGCCGGUUCGUUUGCUCCCGGUUAUCAGGCCGGUUUAAAAGGCAUCUUACAGUUUCUUAGCGAAACCGGGUCGCCUUUUGUCAUCAACCCGUACCCGUUCUUUGCGUACCUGGGUGACCAGAGGCCUGAAACGCUGUCAUUUUGCCUCUUCCAGCCCAACCCUGGACGUGUCGACUCCAAUACCGGAAUCAAGUACAUGAACAUGUUUGAUGCUCAGGUUGAUGCGGUGCACUCAGCUUUGAAAUCGAUGGGAUUUGAGAACGUGGAAGUGGUGGUGGCAGAAACAGGCUGGCCAACGAGCGGUGAUAGUAACGUGGUUGGUCCCAGUGUUGAGAACGCGCAGACUUACAAUGGGAACCUAAUCGCUCAUUUAAGGUCUAUGGUUGGGACUCCCUUAAGACCCGGCAAACCCAUCGACACUUAUAUUUUCGCUCUCUUUGACGAGAACCUCAAGCCAGGUCCUUCCUUCGAGCGAUCUUUUGGCCUUUUCAAGCGUGAUCUUACCAUGGCCUACGACAUUGGCCUCACUAAAACUAGUAGUAGUGGUAGUCAGACGUCACAGUCUCCACCGUUGGGAAAAUCAGCAACAUCAGUGGGAUGGUGUGUGCCAAAGGAGGAUGCGACUGAGGAGCAAUUGCAAGCAAGUCUAGAUUGGGUUUGUGGACAGGGAAUUGAUUGUGGUCCGAUAACGCCAGGAGGGGUGUGUUUUGAGCCUAACAAUGUCAUGUCUCAUACAGCCUAUGCUAUGAACUUGUAUUUCCAAAAAUCUCCUGAAAACCCUACGGAUUGCGAUUUCUCUCAAACUGCAAGGAUUACAUCCAAUAACCCUAGUUAUAGCCAUUGCGUUUACCCAAGAGCAGGAUGGUCUGGAGAUGAAAGCCUAGGAGGAGCGAUGAAUAAAUAUGUGACUUCAGACAAAGCAAUAGAGACGAAUGGAUCAGAAUGCUCCUCCUCUUUUCUGUCUUUGCCUCUCUUUAUGAUCAUCUUUUUCUUUGUUCUUCCAGUUUCCCACCAUAUGAAUUUCUUGUAAUUGCCUUUAUUUAUUAGUCUUAAAACCUAAUUUUCUGCCCUUUUUCCAUCUAAUCAUUUUGUUUUUGUCCAUUAA